AUGGUGGCCUCUCUCUGCAAGAACUUCUCUGCCCCCAGCACUUCUUUUAGUUUUGAGGAUUUACUAUCUCACCCACCAUCUCCUUCUCACCAUGAGCUUGUACCAUCUACCUCUCCUAUACCCACAUCUCCUAUUUCUACUUCACCACCUGUACCCCUUACCUCUCCCACUCCUCCUACUACUUUAGCUCUUAUCAUUGUUCCUCAACUAGUUCCUUCUCUGCAUUUUCCACCAUUCUCUCCACUUUCUUACCUUCCACCUCUUCCUAUUCCACUGCCCAUGCCUAUUGCUUCUACUCCUUCCCCUUCUUCUUCUGAUACUGACAAAAAAGGGGAGAAGGAUUCUACAGUUUAG